CGGGUCCGGUCGGGCAGCGCAGGGAUGCCCCCUGGCAAAGGGCAGAUGACCCCGCUGCUGCCCACCCCGAAGGCCUCCGCACCCACCCUGCAGGGCACCCAUGGCCCCGCCGCGGGGGGCUGCGCUCAGCCCCUGGAGGGUCCCGGCUUGCCGCAGGGUCGCAGCAAGAAGAAGAGCCGCAAGCACCAGCGGUUCAUGGAGCGCCGAGCGCUGCUGGAGCAGAAGGGGCUGCUGAGCCCCCGCAGGCGCCUGGGCAGCCAGGCCCCCGUGGCGGGACCGGAGACAGGCAGCACGCUCACCAAGGCGGAUGGCACCAUGGCACCGCGUUGUGGGAAGGUCACCAAGCCCAAACAGGUCGUCUCCCCAUCCCUGUCCCCAUCCGCCUCUCCGGACAGCAUAGCUAGGCACCACUCUGUGCUGCUGUCACGGGGGAAUGGCAGCUCCAAAGGGGUGCGGACGUCCUCCCCACUCCUGCGCCCAGGCAAGUACGUGGCCAUCGACUGCGAGAUGGUGGGCACCGGUCCUCAGGGCAGGCUGAGCGAGCUGGCGCGGUGCUCCGUGGUGAACUACGAGGGGGAUGUCAUCUACGACAAGUACGUCCAGCCUGAGCUCCCCAUCGUGGACUACCGGACGCGCUGGAGUGGCAUCACCAAGCAGCACAUGAAGAGUGCAAUUCCCUUCAAGGCUGCCCAGGCAGAGAUCCUGAAGAUCUUGAAAGACAAGAUUGUGGUAGGACACGCCGUCCACAAUGACUUCCAAGCCCUGAAGUACUUCCACCCGAAAGACAGGACUCGAGACACCAGUCGGAUCCCCAUGCUGAACAAGAGGGCAGGGCUGCCGGGCAGGGCCAGCGUCUCACUCAAGAGCUUGGCCAGGCACCUCCUCCAGAAGAAGAUCCAGGUCGGCUGCAAAGGACACUCAUCGGUGGAGGAUGCUCAGACGGCCAUGGAGCUGUAUAGACUGGUGGAGGUGCAGUGGGAGACGGAGCUGGCCCGCAGCCUGCCCCCCCGGCCCCCCAGCCCCAUCACAGACCCCACCGCAGACAGCAACCAGUACAUGGAUGACCAGUACUGGCCCACAGACCUGAUGGCAAGCGGCCUGUGAUGAGGGACGGCAUCUCCGCCCCGUGUUCCAGGCCAUCCUGGUGCCUUCAGCUAUUAAAGGUGGAGGCGGCUGCUGACCUCCUUCCCCGGACUUGUGCCCCGUGGGCUCUGCCCAGCACCCAGUGCCACUGCAGGAGAAGUGCAGGGGAGUCGGACACCCCCAGCCCCCCUGGGGGAUGGAGAAAUGGUGACACUUGGACACCAGCAGUCUCCUGAAAACUCUGUUUGCAGCCUCUUGCUGUCGCACAGAAGUAAGCACUGUGGCUGCACCGUGUUCAUCUGUCACUUGGUGCUCGGGGAUGAGCAGGGUCCUGGUGUCAGCCUGGUGGAGCCCCCCGAGCAUGCGACGGCUGCAGCGGUGGGCUGGGGCUGCCAGCGCACCUCCUAUGCCCUCUGGGAAGGGGAUAUCCCCAUGGUGGGCAAGUGGCAAGUCCUCCUGUGGAAGGACUGAGGUGUCUUGCUGAUGCCCAAAGGCUGCAAACCAUCUGGGGGCCAGUUAAACAACCAGUUUCCUCCUUACUUUCUUUGCACAGUGAAGCCUGAAAAGAAAGUCUGGGUCUAAUCAGUGUCCAGCCUGGACAAGAG